CAGAGAAAUAGACCAGUAUUGGUGAAAGGUUCGCGAGAUUCGGUGUUGUUUUUUCGCCACCUUUAAAAAUCUGUCCUGGUUAAAUACCCUAUAGCCAUACGCGUGUUGACAGGGUGAUAUUCGUUUGUUUUACUUUGAGUUAUCUAUUUAAUUUUUUUUUUCGGCAAUAAAAAAAUCAUCGUCCGCAUUUCACGAUGGCAAAUGUACAAUAAUUGUCGUGUAAAUCAGUCACGGGCGUCUUACACUUUUGUAUAUACUUGUUUUCCUAUAGUGAUGAAUAUCAUUUUUUUAAAUAUUUUUCCCACCGAAUAAACGGUAAUCAACUUUUCAAAAAAGUGAAAAAACAUUGGUGUUGACAAAAUAAGUGUUUAAGGGGUGGUCAGCAUGCACCCGUUUUAUAACACGUAUGGCAAUGGUGGGAACGUUGAACACCUGUAUGAUGACAACUGGGUAGCUCCACCAUCCAAUACACCAAUGAAGGAUAUUGAAGCGUGUUUAGAAACUGUAUCGAGUACGAAUAUACAAGCAAUUAAAUCAACGUCUCAUCAAUCGUAUUUAUCACCUGACAGAAAAAGAUCGGAUGUAGUGGCCAAUAAUCAAGAACAUCCAAAACUUUCUGGAGUUGGUGCUGCAUUAGAAAUGAAACACUUAUGGGAAGAGUUUAAUGAGCUUGGUACAGAAAUGAUCGUCACCAAAGCUGGAAGAAGAAUGUUCCCUACAUUUCAAGUUCGAUUGUAUGGUUUGGAUCCAGCAGCAGAAUAUAUGCUUAUGAUGGACUUUGUUCCUGUAGAUGAUAAAAGAUAUAGAUACGCAUUUCACAGUUCAAGCUGGGUGGUUGCUGGUAAAUCGGAUCCCAUAUCACCUCCUAGAGUACAUAUUCAUCCAGAUUCUCCGGCGUCUGGAGGACAGUGGUUGAAACAAGUUGUGUCGUUUGAUAAACUUAAGUUGACCAACAAUCAAAUGGAUGACAAUGGACAUAUUAUUCUUAAUUCAAUGCAUCGAUAUCAACCCAGAUUCCAUGUACUCUACAUUCCAGGAAGAGACGAAGGCUCUUCAAAUUCUACAAACAAUUUUAAAACGUUUAUGUUUCCAGAGACUAAAUUUACAGCUGUCACUGCUUACCAAAAUCACAGGAUAACGCAGUUAAAAAUCGCUAGUAAUCCAUUCGCAAAAGGAUUCAGAGACUGCGAGACUGAAGAAUGUGGCCCUAUGUCUAUUGAUAGUGAACCACAAGCCGCCAAUAAUAAAUCGCAAUGCAAAAAAAAUGUCACUGGAAUCCAUAACAAUAAUAAUUGUGUUCAGUUCCCAAAUAAAGAAUCAACAGGAAGUUUGGGUAUGAUGGAGAACAUGUACAACAGCGACAGUUCGUCAUCGGCAUCGCCACCACACAUGCAUGCUACGACGCACAACCAACACCAAGUGCCUUUGAAUUCGACGGCAGUGGCUACUACCGCAAAUGUACCGGUCACGCCUUACUUGAGUCAAGUGUGCAAUUAUGGACCAAUAUUCGCUUCGUCUGCAUAUGCACAUCAUAAUUAUUCGCCGUUUCAUGGAUACGACAGAUUACAUCAAAAGAAUUCUAACACUGAGAUAACAACCGGAUACCAUAUGUCUUACCAGCAUCAUUACCACCAUAGACCUUCCACGUUUCAUGGAGCUCAAAAAACAUCCAAUACAUAUUUGCAAAAUGAUUAUGUGCCUAGGUAGAACGCGUCCUCAUCGAGAUAGUAACUAAUUAGUUUAAUACUAUCUUUAUUAAUGUAUAUUAUAUAUAAAUAAAUAUUUGUAAUUAUUAAGUUGCAUAAUAUAAAUGUAGAUAGAAUUAUUAUUAUUUAUAUUAUUCAUAAAUUAAA